AUGAAGGGAAUAUACCCCACAGUAACAUCUCACGAAUUGAACGUUGACUCGACGUUCAAGCCUAUCCGACAAAAAAGACGGAAGCUCAGACCUGGACGAUCUAAAGCCGUGAAUGAGGAGGUCGAUAGGCUGCUCGACGCAGGUUUCAUCACCGAGGUACGGUACCCAGAGUGGCUGGCAAAUCCUGUGGUAGUAAAGAAAAAAAAUGGAAAGUGGUGCAUCUGUGUCGACUUCACCGAUCUAAACAAAGCUUGCCCGAAAGACAGCUACCCUCUCCCUCACAUCGAUUGCCUGGUAGAGUCGACAGCCAGCAAUGAACUCUUAACCUUCAUGGACGCCUUCUCGGGGUACAACCAAAUUAUGAUGCACACCGAUGAUCGCGAGAAGACAGCCUUCAUAACGGAUAGGGGGACGUAUUGCUACAAAGUCAUGCCUUUCGGCCUGAAGAACGCAGGAGCGACCUACCAGCGUCUGGUCAAUCGAAUGUUCGCUGAAAAACUUGGCGACACUAUGGAAGUUUACAUCGACGACAUGCUGGUCAAGUCACUUCGCGCCGAAGACCAUCUUGACCACUUGCGAGACUGCUUCAGGACGCUGAACGAGUACAGAAUGAAGCUCAACCCGGCGAAAUGUACCUUCGGCGUCACAUCAGGAGAAUUCCUAGGUUAUAUCGUCACCUAG